UUAUAUACACACAACAUUUCAAAUGGUCACAGUGUACGAUGUCGAUUUCGUACAACAUUUACAUUGGUCCCGUUCGAAUUUUUUGAACCGUUUUAUUAUUGCCUCGAGCGCCUGCUGUUCGCGUUUUCGACCGCACACUCGUCUACCCGGCGUCCGCGACCACACUAGGUCGUCAACGUAUUUAUUUGUCAUUGUAUUAAUUCGAUUUUAAUAUUAUGUCCAAACCAGCUCAACCAGUGGAUACAAUAUCCACUGUCAUUUGAUCUUAACCGUACGAAAUGGAUCAAAAAAUUCCACGACCAAGCUGUUGUAGCUCUUCUACGUCUCCUACACCGAUGGCAGUUACCUGUCAAGUACAAACGACUCAAAUGGCGUCUACAAUCAUUUCGCCGCCGACCAAUAGUUAUGUGCUGACGUCCAGUAACCUGAGGCCUGUCACCAACUACACCCUCGUGGCCAGUUCACAAGUACCUACCACCCAUCAGUAUGUAGUCCAGUCGACCGCCCGAACAACUGUACCUCAGUACGUGAGCACUGGCAACGUUAAGCAUAUUGUGUCGCCCAGUACUCAGCAGUCAAAUGUUACUUAUAUGUUGCCAUCCGGUGCUCAUAUUGUCAGGAUGAACAAUGUCGUAACUACCACAGUAGCCGGAGAACAAAAGUCUAAUACACAAUACAUUUUAACAUCGAGUACCCAAAAAACAAAUUCUAGUAUUAUAUCGCCAUUAGGAACACAAUCUUCAAUAUCAAGUAUUUCAACUGACAUGGAAAACAAUUCUGGGUCAAGUAUUACGGUUUCUAGAACAGGUGGUGUCGCCACAUGUACAUCUCCAAUAUUUCAAAGGACUGGAUUAAAUUUCCCUAGACUAAAUGCAACAUACUACAGUCAAAUUAAAGGAAAUGACACUACGAAAAUUUCUUUUAGACCUAAGCUAAAUGAACAAAAACCUGGUACAAGUUAUAUACUAACAUCAAAUGAUUGGUCCCGUACUAAAAAUGUCCCCAUAUCAAGUCUACAAAAAAUUAAUUCAAAUUAUAUGCAAAUACCAUUAAUUCAAAAGUCUGGGACUAAUACUUUAAGAUCUAAUGUUGAUAAUCAACAACCAAAAUCUCAACAUCAAUCAAUUCGUUCAGUUAUUUUGCCAUCAAAUUACCGAACGGCUGUUUCUUCACAGCAAAGCACUGAUUGUAAAUUAGUUCUAAACUCAGUUAAUGUUACAACCCAAGGAAUCAAUUCAACUGAUAGUAAACCUAGCUCAUCAAGUACUCCAGUUUCAAAUAUUCAACAGCUCAAUACAAAUUAUAUGCAAAUUCCAAUAUCUCAAAAACCUGGAACUAUACUUACUCGUAAUAACACACAACCAAAUAAUGAAAAUAAUAUACGUAUUGGACAACAUCAAACUAUUCGAUCAGUUAUUUUACCAUCAAACUAUCGAGCAGCUAUGGUAUCAUCCCCACGAAGAGGUGUUGAUUAUAGAUUAAUAUUAAAACCUGUAAAUAUUCAAUCACAAGUUUUAAGAAAUAUGCCGUCCCCUCGACUUCCAAGCCCACGAAAUCCUCCAGUACGAAAUGCUUCCCCUCGGCAAACUAUACAACGACAAACAUCACCUAGGCAAAGUUCUCCACGUCAAAGUUGUUCCCCUCGUCAAAGUUUACCAAAACAAUCUUUACCCCGACAAACACCACUUCCUGUACGUCCAAAUUCAUUUCCAACCCGUGUUCCUUUACCUCGUCCACCUAUUUCAAUUCAUAAUGAAGUAAUUGCUAAUUCAAAAAUUACUCCAAUUCCACUAAGAAAAAGAAUUAAACAUUUAGUAAUUACUGAAAGAUCUGUAAAAAUUUGUAUGGAUGAAGUUAAUAGUAAACAUUCUAAAGAUAGUCCUAAUUCAAACUUAACUGACGAAGCAGUUAACAUUGUACAAGCUGAAGUUACUUAUAGAUUAUUUUAUUUAUUAAGGGAAUGUAAAAAAUUUUUAAUAAGAAGUCGUUCAAAUGUUCUAACCGAAGAAGCUGUAAGACAAGUAUGUGCUGAAUAUUUUGGAACGUUUUUUGGUAACAAAUUGUGGCCAUUGUUUUGUUUAAAAUGGGCUGAUGAUGGUUUAUAUUCCGAAAAUGAAGAAAAUAGAGUUUGGAUGAGAAAACAUAACAAUGUUAAUCUUAUAGGAUGGCUAAAACAUCCAAAAUUUCGUAAUCCAAGUUAUAUACAAAAACGUCAUUUCGAGGAUUUAAUGAACACAAAUCUUUUAUUACCUAAUUUAGAAAGUAUUUCAGAAGUAGUAUAUGAACAUGAGUUACAUAAUCAAACAAAUCAAGAAUCUGUACAAUUUCCAAAAUCACAAACUCGGAUAUUUUACCAAUCUUUAAAUAGUGAUCAAGUAGCAUUAAAUAAAAUAGUUGCAAAAAAAAAUGAUGAUGUAUUUACCCCAACAUCCCAUAAAUUUAUGGAUAUUCCACUAGAAAAUCAAAUGCUUUCUGCUGGUAAACAAAUAUCAUCAACAAUACUUCAGUCACAACAAACAAAAUGUAACCCAGAAUAAAAUUGUUUUUGAAAAGGUCUAAUUUUUAUACGUAUACGAAUUUAAUUAUUAUAAUUUUAGACUCUGAUUUAUGAUUAAUAAGUUUUGGUAUUCA